ACCAAAUGCAUUCCUGUUUUCGUAAAAAUUUGCUUGCUUCUUUAACAAUUGAAACUAUAUUUAAGGAUUUUUUUUUACAAAUGUAUAUUACAAGUCAUUUUUAAUAAUAUACACCGUUAAGUAAAAAAAAAUAUACAAGUCAAUGAUGAGGACGUCUUUCUCUUGGCUUACUUAGGCUGCACGUGUGACCAAUUAAAUUUUGAGGACCAUGAUACAAAAUGCAGACAAUUAAAUAAUCUGAACAAACAACUGAUAUAAGGAAGUAUUUACAUUUACCAAAAUACACUCAUGUAGGUUGUACAUAAUAAAGAUAUAAGGAUUGUGAACAUGGCUACAGCAGCGCCAACAGACAACCGAGUGUAUCUUUACCGUUUAUUAACACUUAACAUAGAUUACGGAACUGCAAUCGUCAGGAAUUUGAUUGACGAUAAAUGCUCAAAUGUUCCACUUACAACCCUUCUGGCUCGGGAGAGAAGAACUAUAAACAACCUGAGGGCAAACAGAACAAUAACGAAGGUUCAGUUUGAUUUGUUGUAUCCACAAAGUGGCAUUCCUACAACGGCGGACUUCGAUCUUACUCUUGCAAUAUGCCUGAUGAGGAGCCUGAAACAUUUUGGUUUAAAUCCCAAGUAUACUUGGAAUGUUCCCCCUCAUCCCGGAGAUACUUCACCCGAAGCGGAUAUAUGUCGCUUGCGAAUGUAUCGCAAUGAAUUGGCGCAUGCAUCCUCCACAGCAGGAUUUCAAGAGACAGAUUUUACAGCUAAAUGGGCAGAUAUCGAAGGG